CAAUAAAACAAAGGAUGCCUGUCUUUGAUGUCUGUAAAGCUGAACCAAGAAGAGAUCAUCGACGACAAACUAGCUUAGCGAGCUCUUUUGAUGUUACGUCAACAACAACCGGAACAACUACUACAACAAGCAGUAGUAGCCUUAGACCUAUUUCAUCCUUUGAAGUUUUAUUUUCAAGGUUAUUAGAUGUGCUCAUAUUCACCUCAGCCAUCGCUAUUGCAACCUAUAGUUAUCUCACUGGCACAUUGUUCAGUUCAUCUUUUGUAGAAUCAUCCGUAUCAACCACAACAACAACAACAACAUCAUCACCAUCCACUCCAACAGCAUCUACUCCAACACAUCAUCAUAAAAUACAAUACAAACUACCAUACAAAUAUGAAGAACCUGACCUUAUCAAGAGGCGAAGAAUCCAAGAAUGGACACAGGAACAAAAACUAACCUAUACAAAAAAGAGACAUUCUUCUACUUCUUUAUUAGAAAAUAAAAAGGUUCAACUGCCUCGUAAUACGAAACGAGAUAAGAAAAGAACCCAGUCUUUAUCUUCGCUAUCCAUUGACCGCCAACCAGAGGAAAUCCUUCUCUCUAGAAUGGAAGAAAGAUUACAAUCUCUUAUUCAACAAGGUCAAGAAGCUCUUUUGAGUCCUGUAAAAUACAAUAAAUAAACGUGUCAUUAUAUAUACCCUUUUGUCCUUUCUUUGAUCUUUUGUUCUUUUGCUCUCACACACACACUCUCUCUCUUUCUAUUUCUUUCUUUU